AUGGAGCUGAAGCAGGGCCUGCGAAGUGUCACGCGGCCGGUGAGAUGCGGCGAGACUUUUCUUUUGCUUGUGAAGCUUGCUCUCCUUUCACAAAGAGUAGCCGAUGAGGUCCAGACCUUCAAGUGCAAAUCCUUCAUGGACGGGAAUGGCUCCGCAUGCACGCUCACCAACAUGACUCACGUGGAUGACGGAGUGUACCGGAAUGACUGUGUUUCUCCCAGUUGUUUCCGCAGCGACGGCACGCUCGCCGAGAUCGAGUAUGAUUGCACUCUAGAAGACUUUACACGAAUAGUGGAAAGCUAUUCGAGACAACUGGAUCUUGCCUUCGAGCGGCUUGACAAGGUCACGCCGUUGGUGCUCCGAGGCAUCGCCACAGACAUGCGCCAGUUGGUGGAAGAGAACGUGAUCGACAAGAUUGUCUGGAUCGCAGAUGGCGUGACUUGCGGGUUCAUGGGCGCGACCUUCUUCACCUUCGUUGACGGCAUGUGUUUUCGAGGAGUGUGGGGCUUCUCUGCCAUUGCUGCUUCCUACGUCGCUUGUGCAGUGCUGGCGUUAUUCCUGGUCAUCCUCUUGUACUUGGUUUGGCGCUUCGCCCUGGACACGUACGAGCUGAACAAACAGGACAAUCAGGCAGCUCGACCAUACACAGGCGUGACAGUUGAGGGCGAGCCCCUCACCAAUGCCGCCAAGGAGUGA